AUGGGCAAUUCUAUUGUUCUAGAUAAAAAUUUCAAUUUUAAAGAUAUAUUUACCAAAUGUAAAGAUGAAUUUAAUAAUCCAACUCCACCUGAUCGUGAAGUUACAACUUUGUGCAAUCUUAUUAGAAGCAGGUUUUUUGACUCCAAUGAUAGUAUUAUUGCGUAUUGUCAGAAAUUUUACAAAUAUUUAGAUCUUAUAAAGCUUAAAAAUAAUAGUGAUCAAUAUUCAUAUUGUAAAUAUUUCAACUUUAUCCUAAAAGAUAUUUUGACAAAAUUUAAAUUCCCUUGUAAUGGUGAAAAGCAGUGUUACCAAAAUAUAAUAAGAAUAGAACACAAGGGUAAAAAAAUAUCUAAUACAUGUCAAGAUUAUGUUGAUGAUCUUGACAAUGACACAUUUUACAUAUUAAAAAACCUUGAUCAACUGUAUUCUGAUUUUAAAGCAUUAGAAGAAGAUCCUACUAAUUGCUCCUCUAGUAGCAAAUGCUAUAAUAAAUAUAGGGACCUCUUAUCGAUAUGCCAAAAGGGAAAAAGCAGGAAUUUUUGUGAAGAAUUAAGAGAAUUUAGACAAAAAUAUAAUGAUCACAUGAAAACAGCAUUGUACUGUCCAUGUUUUCCUAAGAUACUAUAUGAUUAUUAUGUAAACAUGACUACAGUUAUUUUAUCUACGCUAAUUAUAACAUUUGUAAUAUCUUUCAUUAUGCUUAUUUUGUAUAGGGUUAACGGCAAAUUGAUUUUUUAUACUCAAUACGGUUCAUGUUUUCAUCAAAGGAUGAGGAACAUAAAACGAUUAUGGAAUAAGAAAAGUAAUAUGAAUCUCAAUUUAAUGCAUUUAUGUGAAAUUUCUUGCAAACAAUUAAUGGAUAAAAGUUAUAAAAUAUCAUAUGAUUCAUUAGACCACUCUUAA